AUGGAACAGAGUGAAGAUGGAUACGACCUUUCGGCUUGUUAUCCAUCACCGAGAGAUGUUAUGCCCCCAGAUGACCCUGCCGAGAUGACGAGUCCAGGAUGUGAGCCCAAUGAUAUGCAGUCGCUGCCUUCACCGCAAUCUGCAGGUCACUCGGACACUUGGAAGUGGCGUUGUUUGGCUUGUGAUUCACUGGAGAGUGCAUGGCUUUAUGGUGAAUGGGUUUGUUGCGGUUGUGGCACCACCGAUUUCUAUAGAACCAAUCAGCCUGCCAAGAAGAUGACUUCGGAUGGCACGUGGAUGUACAUUCCGAAAAGUCGCCCUGCUGUCGUCCAGCCCCUGAGUAAGGCCGCUCGGAGAAGGAAGAGACGUCCAAAGUAUGGUGGCGACCCUUCUGGUUCGCUUGAUGGUUUUGAACGUGAUCCCGAGGAGGAGAGCCACACCACUGACCCACUUGUUGAACUAACGCCUCCACCUAGUGCUCAUCCGAUGUUGAAACAACAAGGCGCCCCAAGACCUUCGAAGGUGCCAAGUACUCAACAAUCGAAUGCUCAGGAGAACCAACUGCUAGAUGCCCUCCGGACGCUUGUUUCUUCUAAGAAGACUGAUGACGAUGAUUGGAAUUCAGCAGCUGGACCCUCCAAGGGUGUUCGUUGGCGUGGUGGUGCAAUUCCUCAGCCUCCCGUUUGGAGGUAUGAUCGUGAUGACCUUCGAGCAUAUAGCAAGUUUGUGAAGAAGGUUGACAUUUGGAAGUUGCAAGCUGCCAUACUUGUCGAAGAAAGAGAUGGAGAAGCUGAACAGGAAUUGGAACAUACUCCGAUUGAGGACAUUCAUAGGGAUGAUGGUGUGGAACGCAUUCUGACAGCCUUGAAAGGCCCGAUGGAGCAAAAGGUCGUGUAUCAGAAACGCAAAUUUUUGCACGAGUUUGAGAAUCUUCGUCGGUAUGUCCAUUUGACCAACAAUGAGAACGCUGCCAAUGAGCUCCACGAUGACGAGGAGUUCAUGGAUGUCAUUGAUGAGGAGAAGGAUGAGGAUGAUCAACAGUUGGCUGAUCAAGAAGCUGAUGACCAUGAUCCUCCUCCUGAGGAUGACGGCAAUGACAAUGAGGAGUUUGAUCCCUCCGAACUAGCCCAGGUUCUAACCUUGACAGCAAAGAAGUUAUCCAACCAGACGUUGGGUCGCAAGUUCACCAAUCGACCAAAGACUGCCCAGAAGACCAAGCUUUCGGCGCAAGACAAGCUGAACACACAUUGUUCAGCAUGUGGUGCUGUUGGACAUUGGUAUCGUGAUCCUGAAUGUCCUCGCAACGGUGGAUCUGGUGGACCAGCUGGCACGGAGAAAAAGGGCGUCAAAGGAACAUCCAAAGGUUCCACUCACAAGGUUGGCAUCAUUCACCAUGACUAUGGAAGCGUCGAGAUCCAUGAAGACCCUCAAGAUCAAUAUGGCAACAUGUUUUCGGUACAGAUGGUUGGCUAUAACCGCUUCCAGGUGAAUGAGAUCAAGUUUAACCACGUCGACCAGUUCAAGGGUUACAUGAUUAUCGAUACGGGUUGCCAACGAACUUGUUGUGGUAAACUUUGGUUGGAUGCUCAUCUCAAAGAACUCAAGUACUAUGACAUGAUCCCCAAGAUGGUAUCCCAGCGUGAUGAGUUCCAGUUUGGCAAGGGUGAACCUUCAAUUGCUACCUGCAAGGCCUAUCUACCUUCGGCCAUCGCUGGAGUGCCCUUGCUGUUGGGAACCUCAGUUUUGGAAGAUAAUGUGCCAUUCCUUGCGUCCAACAGUUUGCUGACUCACCUUGGAGCCAUUGUGAAUUUGGUCACGGAUUCUGUUUUCUUUCAACGUUUGGGUGCGGAAGUGAAGAUUUAUCGCAUGGGUGGACACAUGGCAAUCAACAUUUUUGACUUCAUGACAGAGUGUCCAUCACAACUAGAAGUAUGUGAACUUCUUUCCAGACCACAUGUUUGGAAGAAGCCACACCCCGAGAUCAUUUUGAGCACUCAAAGUUUUCGACCUGGCCAGCCGCCCAGCCAUCAGCCUGAUGCAUCAAGCACCGCCAUGCUGGUUGCAAAGGUGGCGCCAGAUGACUCAAUUCGUGACCAACCUCUUCAAGCAGACCGUGAUCCAAAUGAUGGUAGCAAUCCGCUGCCGUGUGAUGCCCAGGAACGUGUUGCAAGCACUUCCACCAACCAUGGACUAUGUGAUCAACCCGGUGGAUUGCGAACAUCAAAGAUGCCGAAGAUUCGGCAAUCGACACGGGCGCUUCGCCGAGUGUCAGGACUGCCGACUAGGGUGGAAGUGGAACGAAGGCAUUCAGAAGUGGGAGGAACGUGGGUUGCCAAGUCGCUCAUCGCCCUUGCCACCAUUGCCACUUCCAUCUUCAAGCAACACGACACCUUCAAGGGCAUAUCCGAAGAGCCAACAACCUCCUACUUCGAUCGCUAUGUCCCGAGCCAAGACCAUGGCACAGCCGCGUCGUCCUCCACCUCAACAUUCGAUCAGCAGUGGAUGGACCAAUUUUCAAUUGCCAGAGAUGAUGGUGGAGCAAUCUUCCUGUCGGAGGAAGUGUAUCGAGAGUCGAGGGAGGAGAUGGAACGUCGUCAAGAUCAACAACGAUGGGACAGGCUGAUCGAAUUGGGAGCCAUCGAACCCCAGGACGACGAGAUCUACGACUGGGAUGCGGUGUGGGAACAAGAUCGCAUUCAGUUUCUUCUCUCAUUGCCUGGCGUUUGGAGUGUUGUGGUGGAUGCCGGAGCCUUUGGUGCAUCCAUCGAUGAUAACCUCAUCGCCAAGCCCUUCAGGCGUCCCUAUGAGAUUGGCAAUGACACCGGGCUUGGAAAAUCCAUCCAGGACUUGUUUCGGAUGGGCACCACCAAGAUUCAAGUGGUUUCAACUCCAACGACUCGAAGAUUUCCAGGCGUCAUUGAGGAGUUUCCCCCUACCAGAGCUGCCUUCUUGGCCUUCACUGAUGGUACCAGAUCGGUGGAGGUGGAAGGCCUUCAAGAUGUGCAGUUUCCAAAACAGCGAUUUUCAAAAGCUGUUCGCAUUGCUGUCUUCGCCUUUGGGCGUCGACGACAAGUCCCACAACAAGAGACUAAGGCAGUUCCUGGUGUUGUGCCCAAUCUUUCCACUGACAUUGACUUUCCCGGCAUCACUUCGACAGUGGCCCGGAUGCACCUCAACAUGGGACAUCCUUCACGACAAGAACUGUCAAGGCUCUUGGCAUACCAAGGAGACGUUCCUGACCAGGUCUAUGAAGCUGUUCGCAAACUUCGAUGUGCAACCUGUCAGAGACUGCAGCCUCCACAACAACCUCGUCCAUCAACUACUCCAAGCUUUUAUGCAGGGCAGUUCUGUGAUGAACUCCAGAUGGACAUUUUCCACUGCCGAACCUUGAGCGGAGAAUCCUUUAAGGUGUUGGGCAUCAUUGACAAGGCAACAGGCUUUCAUCAGGCCAUUGCUCCAUCAGAAGCCAGCAGCAACCACAUGUUUGACUGCUUGGAGCAAAUUUGGUUUCGUCCUUACGGACUACCCUUGAAGAUUGUUGCCGACCCCGACACGUCAUUUAGAGGUGACUUCCAAGAACGAGUUCAUUCCCUUGGAUGCAUUCUCGAACUUUGCCCUCCAGAAGCUCACCAUGUCAUAGCCAUGAUUGAGAGACGUAACUCAAUCUUGCGUCUUGUUCUUGAGAAGUUGAUUGACCAGUUCGCCGCAACAACUGUUGAGCAGUGCAAGUUCUUGCUUUCAUCAGCUUGCCAUGCGAUGAAUAGUGCCAUUCACACACAUGGAAGAUCUGCCUACCAAGCAGUUUUUGGACGGCAACCACGACUUCUCAACAGCAACUUUAAUGACCCAAUGAGUUUGGCAUCAUCACCACCUGUUGCUCGACUUCAUUCAGACGACUACGCCUACAGGGCUGAGCUGGUGCGUGCUGAAGCCAUCAAGUACAUCCACGACUUGGAUGUUAGUCGGCAUCUUCGCAGAGCCUUACUUCGGAAGACUCGCAUCACCAAAGUGGCUGAUGUCAUGCCAGGCCAGAAGGUUGCUUUCUGGCGUUGGGCAAAGCGAGGCGGCAAGAAGAGAGGCACUUGGAUCACAGCGACCUUCUUGAGCUGGGAUCCUUCGGCAGUGGGCAAGCAAGCUUGGAUCAGAAGUGGUGGAUCUAGCAUCUUGGUGACGGCAGAACAAUUGCGUUGUGCUUUUGGCUUUGAACAAUGGACACCAGAUGUUGACGACAUCAAGGCCUUGAAGAGCUCAACUGACGAUUUCACCAAGUUCAUGCUUGACGAUCGUGGACCACCACCACCUGAUGACCAACGAGAGCCAAUUCUACACCAUGAAAAUGAGGAUGAGGACCAAUAUGAGGAAUUCUUUGCUUACUUGACAACACAACAAAGACAACAAGAUGUUCAGUCCAUCAACAAGGACCCAACAGAAUCUGACACAACACAGGAUUCUGACACAGACGAGGAAAUUCCACAACCACAACAACUUAACAUGUCCACCAGUUUUGGCAAGCUCUCUCCAAACACCAAAACUACCACAUCACUUCCUGAGUACAAGCAGGGCAUGACCAGACAACAAAUCAAAGCACUCGACCGUGAAAUACCAUGGCGGAAGGUGCUGGAGAUGCCUCCAUCUUAUGUGGAUAAGUUCCUGCUUGCAAUCCAGAAGGAAGCUGAUUCUUGGGCAUCAUGGAAUUCAGUGGAACCCUUGUCAGACAAGGCUGCCGACCAAAUCUUCAACCAUCCCAUCUUGAAGAAGAGGGUGCUGAAGAGUCGAGCCCUUUAUCGCGACAAAUCCUGUGGCAUCGGCGAAGUUCGAGCAAAAUGCCGAGUGGUUGCCUUGGGUCACUUAGACCCUGACCUUGAGACGUUGCAACGAACAUCGGCAACUCCAGGUCGCAUUGCCGAGCACAUUGUUUUCGCGAUGAUUGUCGCAGGCUACAAUGGUGAGUUGCUAUCAUCAUCAUUGUCUUGGACGACAUGGAUUGCAGACGCUGCCACUGCUUUCCUCCAAGGCAGUCAGGAACAGAGAGCACUCCCUCUGUACUUGCUACCCCCACGAGAUGGCCUCAUAGCUUUGACUUCCACGUGGUCAUCACGACUUUACAGGAUUCGUGGAAACGUGUAUGGGUUGGCCAAUGCACCAUACACAUGGGCAACUGAAGUCACUCGACGUCUUCGAUCGAUUGACUACCAGCAGCAUUCCUUCGACCAACAACUUUACUACAAGGUUGUCAAUGACCAAGUUGUCUCCAUUAUCUUGGUCUAUGUGGAUGACUUCGUUGGAAUUAGCCGUGCUGAUUAUCCGAUCUCUGAAGUCCACGACUUGUUCAAGUGGGGAGCUAUGUCCAAAUUGGAGCUUGAUAAGCCUGCCACAUUCAAAGGCAAAGAAUUGACCCUUUGUCGCAACGCUCAUGGAAGAUUCACCAUGAAGAUUACCAUGGAAAAGUUCAUCGAUGGCUUGGAUGAAUCGUCGCUUCCUCGUGGACGACUGUUGAAAGGUGACAAGCUGACCGAAGAGGAACAGAAAGAGCUUCGUAGUAUCUCAGGUUCCCUCCAGUGGCUUGCAACACAAAGCCGUCCUGAGAUAGCCCCGGUGGUUAGUCUUACAGCUCAUGGUGACGCUGCAACUAUCCACGACCUCAAGAAUUUGUAUGCAACAGUGGGCUAUUUGAAGCAGAGUUCAAAAGCUGGCAUUUUGAUGCAAGAUGUGCCGGUCAAUGAAGAUACUGUGAUUCUAGCCUACAGCGAUUCCAGCUGGGCAAAUGCUUCGAAGAGUGGAAGCCAGAUUGGUGUGGUAAUUGGUCUGACCACCCCUUUGGAAAAGCAUCAGCCUGCAAAGUUCUCGCUGAUUGACUGGAAAUCUGCUCGCGCAGUUCGUGUUUGUAGGAGCACUUUAGCUGCCGAGGCAUCAGCUGCAGAUGAAGCGUCCGAUCGCAGUGCCUACGUCAAUAUGCAUUUGGGCGAACUCGUGCACCUUGAACCUGCCCACCGAGUUGGAGUUCGCUUAGCAUUUCUCCAGGCAACGGAUGCCAAAAGUUUGUUUGAUGCAGUGAUUUCACCAAACACUGUUACCAAUGACAAACGUACUAUGGUUUCAAUUAGGACCAUUCAAGAAACGGUCACCAAAGAAAACAUUCGUUGGGUCCCAACUAGAUUUCAAUUUAGCGAUGGGUUGACAAAGAUUGAUGAAAAGCUACGGGUUUCCUUUUCAAAGUGGCUGCAAAACCCUGUGGCAAUCUUGGUCGAGCACCCGGAGAACGCUCUUUUGGAGCAACAGCUUUUUGGCCAAGCUGUUGCGUUGCAUGAGUCAUUUAGCCGAGGUUCAACCGUAAAGCAUCAAAAGAAUAACGCCAGUGUGAAUUUCAGCCUGCACCAUUCCAUGUUCCAUGAUCAUUGA